AUGGCCGAACCCCCCAUCGCCUGCGAUUCCCCCAAACGUGUCUCUGUGAUCAGGACCACCCCGAUCAAACCCAAGCGGGUGGAGCUGACCCCCACCAGCCCGGGCUUCAGCGACUUCAUGGUCUAUCCCUGGAAAUGGGGCGAGAACGCUCACAACGUGACCCUCAGCCCCGGGGGCCCCUUCCAGGGCGGCGGCGGAGACCACCAGCUCGGGGCUGCGGCUCUGGACCGGGAGCUCUCUCAGGAUGGGACGAGACGUGGGCGACCCAGAGCCGAGCUGAUUCGGGAUCUGAUCAACGAGGGCGAGAACUCCCCCAGCAGAAUCCGCUGCAAUAUCUGCAACCGAGUGUUCCCCCGUGAGAAGUCCUUACAAGCUCAUAAAAGAACCCACACUGGUGAAAGGCCUUAUUUAUGUGACUAUCCAAACUGCGGGAAAGCUUUUGUUCAGAGUGGACAGCUGAAAACUCACCAGCGCCUUCACACUGGAGAAAAACCAUUUGUCUGUUCAGAGAACGGGUGUGGGAGCAGAUUUACACAUGCCAAUCGGCAUUGUGCCAAACAUCCUUAUGCACGUCUACGGAGAGAUGAAGACUCUAACGGAGCAAGCAAAGCCCAGGUCGCAGACAACAAGGCUGUUGCAGAGUGGCUGGCAAAGUACUGGGAGACCCGAGAGCAGCGCUCUCCUCCCACAAAGAGUGGGGGGCAGAAGGCUGACCAGGAGCAGCAGGAUCCCCUAGAGUUCAUGCAGUCUGAUGAAGACGAGGAGGAGGAGGAGGAGAAGAACGGUCCACAUGCUGCAGCACGGAGGCGUUUGCAGGAGCAAAGAGAGCGCUUGCAUGGCGCCCUGGCCCUCAUUGAGUUGGCGAACUUGACAGAAGCACAGCUCCGCCAGUAAAUUGCAAUACAAUGUGUGUAUUUUACAUAUUAAAAAAAACCGAACCACCCGGGGACCCAUAUUCUCAUAGGUCCACCGGACGGGUGGAAAUGCACCUUAUAUUUGCUUUUAAUAGGCUGCUAUUAUGUAGAAAUUAAGAUGAUGAAUGUUGUUGCCCUUGCUUAAAGGAGCACAAGUGUAAUGCACUUUUUGUUUAUGUAAAGUUUUAGUUUUGUAAAUAUUGCAAAGCUUUUGAAGGAUUGAAGUAAUGCUAGGGCAGGAUCUCGAGGCUGCAGGUGCUGAAGUCUAGGUCCAGCAGGAAUGCUGAACUCUCAAUGGCCUUGGGACUGGGGGGUGGGGGGGGUGUAGGUAGGUGGAUGAGAAGGAGCUCGUGAUAUAAAUCCACCACAUUGGAAUGUAAGGCGAGCAGAGCCUUUCUGAGCUCUUACUUGGAGAUUAUCUUUUUGGUUGAUCUUUAGCAUACAGUUUUCACAGGUGAUGUGUGCAGACCAAAUCCCUGGUGUCAGUGUGUCCCAAUAUUAGUAAAAGCUGCCAGGUCCUGUGAUUUCUCCGCCCCUCUUCAAUAAUGUGUCAAUAAAGGCAAAGCUGCUAGAAAUAUGUUGCUUGAACCAUCACUUGGACUUUACGACGAUUCUUCUUGGGAAAUGCACAAAUUUCAGCAUAAGAGCUUUAAUGCAUAAACCAAGACCCUUGCAGUGGAGUUGAGCUAAUUUAUGCAGGGUUAAUAUCGAACCAUUAACACUUUUUCAUAGGAAAAUAGGCUUGACUGUUUACUAUUGAUUGGAUGGAGCUCAUCGCCCAGCAUUACAUGCGUACAAGUGAUAUUGACACAUAAUUGAAGGGAGGAGUGGACUUACAGUAACCUUGUCCCAUGCAGAGGAGUCAUUCCAUUUGAAACAAAUGCUUCCCUUUGAAUGGCUGGUUAUUCACUGACAUCAGUUGGGACUGGGAUAGGCAGUUCUUGUCUAAUCUGUAGGUGACGUAUGCUGGCUCUCAGAGGCACAGAAAAUACCGAAAUGUAGUGCUCAAGUGAAACUUCAGCUAGGCAUGAAAAUAUUAGCACUAGGUUUGUUCUUAUAGCACUUGCGCACAGGAGCCCGUUUAAAGACUCCUGUGCUAGAUUUGUGGACCAGUUGCACCUUGUGUUUAUAUUAAAAAAAAGCAACUUGCAUUCCAUCAAAUGGAGCUAAGCAGACUUGUGAGACCUGUAAGCUUGAUGUGUUCAAGGCAGGUUUUAGUGGUUUGGGAACCCUACCAGAGAUAUGCAGCACUUGUAAAUUUUAGUUAGGUUUGAACUGGGUGAUUUGGUGAUGGAAGAAGUUUUGUUGAAUUUCUUGUUGGCAACACUAAAUUGUAUUGGUAGUGUAUUGUAGACAUUAUAUUGCAGUAGACUGAAGUUUUAUAGCUUGCAGUUAUUGCUUUGUUGCAAUUUAAAGUCAAAAAGUCCUUUUUUACUUUGUCGGACAGCUUCUGUUUGUUUUCCAUAAUCCAAUAUUUUCUGCAUCUUUUCAUUGUUAAGUUUUUGUUAAAUCACAACAUAUCUAUAGCAUGAAGUUUUACUUUUUAAAAAAAAUUCUGUAGGUUGACCGUACCAUUACAAGCUUGAAGUGCAGUCAGUCACAGUUGAUACUUAACAGCCUGUUUUACACUUAUAUAGUCACAGCAUUGACUAAUGCAAACUGAGAUGCAACAGUUACUCACUUUCUAAAAGAGAAGCAGUCGAUCAUUGGAAUGUCCAGACAGACGUAAGGGAUUUAAUACUUUUUUUAAAAAAAAAUAUGAAUAUAUAUCAAAGCCUACCAAGCCAGUCAGUUUCUAUUCAAUACUUUUACUUCCAUCAGUCUACUAGGUUUUGCAUAAUACAAUUGUAUUUAUUUUAAGAUACAGGUUUAAAUUGGAUAUAAUUUGAUGUGUGACUGACUCCUUUGAGCUAUGUUGCUGUAGAAGGUGUUGAUUUUUUGCAUGGAGCUGCAUGAACCCAUUUUCUUUUGGAACAUGAAAAUGCUAAGAGCCAUGCAAAUGAUCUGCUCCCAGCACCUGGUCAGCUGCUCUGCAAAGAUCACCUCAGUCAAAGGAUCGUUCUAAAUUGCAAAUGAUCCAACCUUUGCCUGGGAGCAGUGUUCAACCGGACAUCAUGCUUCUCAUCAUGCCCAUAGAGGUGACUUGAGAGCAGUCGCACAAAAAGUUGCCAUUCUAAUUUAAUAAUUUUAUUGGGGAAUUCAUUUUUAAAUUUUGAGAAAAAUUUGUGUCUUGUAGUAGUUAUACCUCAACUGUGUGUAUAUGUGUGUGAUGGGGGUGGGGGGGUAGAGCGAGGGCAGGAGAAAGAGAAAGCGUAAGUUUGACAUGAGUGACUGAGGGGUUGGUGUGUUGCAAUUAGUUUUAUGUUUUGUGUGUUCUGGAUUUGUGAAAUUCAUUUGUCACUAAUUCUAAAUCAGGCAGAUUUAUGAGAUGAAAUAAAAUCUUGUAACCAAGUUAUUGCUGAUAUCACUGACUGUUCGGAGUCUAUCUGUCGCCUCUCCUUUGGGCUAAUACAAUACUGGAUUUGUCUAUUAUUCCAAUUAAUUUCCCUGCUUUGAUUUUGCUCAGCAGUAUUUGGGUUUUUCAUAUCCUGAACAGGGGGAGGGUGACAGAGGAGGAAGGUGGCAUUGUUUUGGAUCUCAUCUGAAACAAAACAGCGUAAAUGGCACUUAGUACAUAAAGUGCAUCUCCUCCAGGGAUGUAUUGAGAAUGCAACUGUGAGAUGUUCAAUUGGAGUUGCGUUCUUGUUGAGGCAGAUGGGUGGAGCAACUACCAGUAGGAGCACUUUUAUGUCCUGUGAUGCUUAUUCCAGCAAGGCACCAUUUAUGGAGCUAUUUUCCUGAUGGGCUUCUAACCGUCAAUAACAGGUUCCUUGAGGACACAGUGGCCUGGAGUAACUACCCACCUCUAUUGGCCUCCAGUCUUCUAAUAACCAAUCUGAGAUCCAGAUCUUGCCACUCAAUUCCUCCGAAACAUCUUUAGCUGAAAAAAUAACUUUCCAGUUCGAGGGUAAUGAUAUUAGUCCCACCUUUAGAACAGUCAGUGAAUUACUGUAACUUGGAGGAAUUGAAUUGAAUUUGCAAAGUUGCAUUUUGGGGGGAUUUAUUUUCAGGAGCGCUUUAAAGUUUUGGGUAAGGUGAUUGCGUGAGCACUGCUGCUUUUCAAAGGUACAUUCUCUGCUGCACUUCUGAAUUUACAAAGGGUUGUGUGGGCUUGCUUUCUUCAUUAACUGUUAUUGUGUUGACUUAAAAUUCCAUUGUUCAAAGUAAAUUUGUAUUUACUAAGUUAAUGUAAAAGGGAAUGUUUAGACAGAAGAUAGCCUUAUUUGAUUUUUUUAAAAAUUAUGAAACAGUCAUUUUUGGACAGGUUAGUUCAACAUUUGGAAGAGAUUUAAAAGUGCUUUGAUUCAGAAGCAUCGUUCCAGGCUGUAUAAAAGCACUUACGCUUUGCACUUGAGUUAUGCACAGAUGAUCUUUUUCUGUUGCAAUGUUUUUAGUUUGGAUUUCUGAAACUUUUAUUUUGAUGUCAUUUUUAGAAGGCAACUUUUUUUAAAAGACUUUUAUGCACUCACUAGCUUGAAGCUGAGAUGGAAAUUUUGUUUUUAAAUUUGUUUUUUUCUCUCCCCACCCCACCUGAGUUUUACUUCUCCUUCCUGUGGCUGCUUUUCAAACUGUAAAGGUACUUGGGAGUAGAGACGGUCACCUGUUUAAAUCUGCUUCAUUCAAAAAAAUAAGCACUCUAAUAAUUCUGACAUUUUAAUAUUCAGUACUCUAAAUAAAUAUCUGU